GAUCUCAGCGAGUGGCCCGAGAAGAGGCUGGCCAUAGACAGGUGGAGCCGACUCGCGGCGGUCCCACCUGAGGAGCAGGGCGAGACGUUGCUGCUGCACCUGACAAAGGAGGCGGCGAUAGCGACGAGACGUCUUCGACCAGGAAGUGUACAGUUCGCUGGAGGGCUGCAGACGGUGAUCAUGGCGCUGGACACGCUGGCCUUCCCAGAGGCGGACGCCGAGACGUUUCAGCAGCUCGAGAAGACGCUGUUCGCAGCACCGAGAGCGCGAGAUGAAACGCUCAUGAAGUUCACGAACAGGAUCCGCGCGGAACAGAAGGAGCGGAUCAGGUUGCUGCCUAGCGCGCUCAACGAGACGGUCAUGGGCUUCCUGCUGCUUCGAGGGGCCGGCCUGGCCAAGACGGAGCGCAACCAAGUGCUCGUCCAGACGGGCUACGACUACGACGUGAACAAGCUGGUAUCGAUCCUGAAGCGCAUGACGGACGACAACACGGUCACGGAGAAGACCUCGACUACCAGAGCGGCUUCCUACAUGGCGGGAGUUUGGGAAGAGGAGCCGCAGGAGGAUACUGAGGUCGAGGACGACGACAACCCCAUCUAUGACGCGAUGGCGAACCUGCUGGGCAUAGACGACGACAAGGAGCCAGACGACAAGCUCGAGAACGGCGAGGCUCUCACGGAGGCCGAGGCGCUGGACUGCUUAGCGGCGCUGGUCGGGCCAUCACCAAAGCCCAGGACAUGGGGCGAAGCUCGGAAGAUCGCGGCCGACAAGAAGACGAACAGGGGGUUCCACAACAUCAAGGACAGGAAAAGGACCGAGGAGAAGAUAGAAGACAUCAAGAAGAGGACGAAGUGCGGCAUAUGCAAGAAGCUGGGUCACUGGCACAAGGAGUGCCCCGACAAUCCGAAGAACAAGGGCAGGGUGACGGGCGGCUUCUUCGCGAUGACGGUGCUCCAGAUCGACGAGGUGUGUUGCUACGUGGCGACGGAGGCGAAGAUGGCGGAGAGAUCCAACAUGGUCGAGCACAUCACGCCGGCAAUCGACAUCGAGAAGUCGGGCAGGCCAGGCUGGGGCGCGGUCGACACGGCAUGCGGCUUCAACGUGAUGGGCCUGGCCACCUUCGACGCCUGGGCCAAGCGCUACAAGGGCGCGCACAGCAUCACGCUGGAGACGGUGCCCUACCACAAGAAGUACAGGUUCGGGAACGACCAGGUCUGCACGGCGACGGAGGGCGUGUUCAUUCCGAUCAUGCUGGGCCACUUCAGCGGAGCGAUCUUCGCGUGCCUGGUCAAGGGCGCGGCCCCGCUGUUGCUCUCCAAGACGUUCGUUGUGGAGCUGAAGGCGUCACUCCACGCGUUCCAGUCGGAGUUGGACCCGCCAGAGCAGAACGUCAGACUUCCUCUGGCCCACGCUGGAGGUGAGCCCUUCCUGCUGCAGCUCGACAACUUCGUGCGCCCGUGGAAGAAGCCUGAGAGCUGGACUCUGUGCUCGAGGGAGGUUCCGAUGGACUUCGGUCAGGAGGGUAGAGUACAAGAGCACGGCAACGAGCUAGACAAGAGCAAAGGCAAGCACAACAGCGCCAGAGAAGACAGCAACUACGACAAGCCAAGCAAAGAGAACAACAAGUGCAAUGACAUAGUGGCCGAGGCCACAGAAGCCGCGGCGAAGCCUGUGAAUCCCCAGAAGGACCCGAAGGUUAGGGACAACCCAGAGAGGGGGAAGGGUUUUCAGUGGCCGCGGCACGAGAUAGACAACCGACCGAGGCCGCCAACGGGAGCAAUGAUCUGCAGGUUCUUGGGCAUCCCCAACCAGGGCCCCUGUCCACCGAAGAGCAACCCGAGGCAGGCUCGAGAUCACGAUCCAGCUCGAGAGACGGCGUGCGUUCGCGAGUUCACGGGCCACGGCGGCAACGGUCGAGCGUUCUGGGUGCAGUGCUGCGGCUGCAAGAUGCACCUCGGGUACUACCCGCAGUCAGCCCCAGGGAUGAUGAAGGUCAUCAACAUGCUCAACGACUUCAAGAACGAGGAGGCGAGGAUCAAGGGAUGGAAGCCCAGAACGACCAAGACCAGCAGCAAGAAGCAGGAGGAGACCGAGACGGGACCAACAGCGACCAGCAGGGCGGCAUCGACAAGCCCGAGGACCUCUUCCAGAACCAAGCCAAGGCACCAGGACAACCGGUGUCAGAAGGACGAGCUGGAGGAGGAGACAGAGGACUGGGAGCAGCUGGACGACUCCCCACGGAGCAAGGCCUUGACAGCGCUGCGCGAGCUACUUCAGGACGAGAACGCCAACGCGACGACCAAUCAGCUGGUGGAGCUCAGCGACAAGCAGAACAGCGUGAUCAACAAGUCCAUCAAGCAGAUCAGCGACUUCGAGGACCUGACUCAGGCAGUGGAGGCCGCGAUCCCCGAGAGCAGCGCCUUCGUGAAUCAGGUCACCCUCAACUUCGAGCCCGAGCUGGACCACCUCAAGGAGGACGAUCGAGCCGAAAGGAGCGUGACCAACAAGGAGAUCGUGACGCUCAUGGGUUCCCAUCUGCUGACGAGGAUGGGGCAGCGAGAAGUCUGGAGCAAGCUUCAACACUCAACGCCUCUCAUGGUAGUUAUCAAGCCUCCGAAGGACAUCUGCAACACCAAGUUGAAGGAGAAGAUCGGCCAGGAGAUGCUGACGUUCAUCUCCGACGUGGCGAUCAAGCAGGCCGUCAACGGCAGGUACUUCUAUUACGAGCAGGACAUGAACUCCAGGGACUGGGAGGAUCCCCUCAUCAAGAAGCUCAAGCGUCUACCCGACAUCGGCGAGGACAGAGCGCUUCGGAAGGGCCGCAAGUACUUCUCCAAUCUACCCAAGGAGGCCAUCGAGUGCGCCAAGUUGUUGAGCCAGGAGUUCGUGAAUCGACCACCUCACACCGCCCUCGGGGACAUUGGCGACUCCCUACAGGAGCUGGUUGGGGUGCUGGUUCGGACGAUCAUCGAGAUGAAGACCACGAAGGAGCUCGGGAAGCAGAUCGAGGACAAGUGUACAGCAUGCUGCGCGGCACCUACGACACCAACAACGGCACCAAAAGACGAGAAGAGCACGGACCCUCACGUCAAGCAGCAGGUUCAGAAGAUCCAUGAGAACAUGGGCCACUGCAGCAACGAGUACCUGGUCAUGGUGUUGAAGUACGGUAAGGCCAGGCAGGCCUUCAUUGAGGCGGCGCAGAAGCUCGAGUGCCCGAGCUGCGAGGCGAACAAGAGGCCGAAGCUCGCGAAGCCCUCCAAAGCUCCGACUACCUACCGGUUCAACGAUGUCAUCGCCAUGGACAUCUUCUUCGUGUUGGGACCCGAGAACACCACCAAGGUGCCCAUGCUGAACAUUGUCUGCCACGGUACUGGACAGCAAGUGGUGAUACCUCUACCGAGUCGACAUGGCCCUCAGAUACGGCGUCAUUACCGCGCAUUCUGGAAGCGUGUUUACGGGGCGCCCCGCAUGAUAGUCAUUGAUGGCGAGAAAGGUUUCUCUGCAGGUGAGUUUCCAGAAGCUGCUGAAGGAGAUGGUUCCGAGAUCAAGGUGACGAGUGCUACUUCACCAUGGCAGGCGGGCAAGACCGAACGCGCUGGAGGCACCUGGAAGGAGACCUUCUACCGAACCAGGCAGAAGUUCAACACCAACAACUGGGAGGACUUCUACGAGCUCGUGGAUGCGGUCAACGCGGCUAUGGGCGAUUUAUCAACGGUCUCCAGAGCGAUGAACGGUGACACCGAGUUGGCCAGGAGCAUCGACAUGUGCAAGGCCGCCAUGGCUGCCUACAUCGAGGCACUUUUUUUCAGCCAGGAGAUCGAAGUUAUUUCUGGCGAAGCAGUGCUGACAAGCUGCCAACUAGUUCUUGGCAUGGACCUGCACGUGUCAUCCAUGUGGAGCUUCCGAGUACAGUGUGGUGCUCAUCUCAGGGAGGUCUACUCAAGUGCUCACCUGAACAGCUUUCGACAUGCUAACGAGGCCGAGGUCGCAGCCUGGGAGCAGAUCGACAGCACCAUGAAGGAGGAGUUGAACACCGAGAACAGAGGACGUCGUAAAUACGAAGACCUCACUCGACAAGAUCAGCCACCAGACGAUCUUGAAGUGCCUCACGUUGCUCCACCAGAGCCAGCCGCGGAUGAUCAAGGGGCAGCCUCACAGCCGCCCACCACAGAGAUCGAGAAGGCCGCGGGUGUCAACCCCGAGCUGGUUCCCAGGGCCACCAAGUACUACGAUCAUCUAGACGACGUGCCGCUGACGAUAAAGCAGAACAACAACAAUCCGAUCUCAGCCAUACCAGUCAGCGAGCGGAUUGCCGUCAUCGAAGCAACGAUCAACAAGGAGGCGGAAGCACCAUCCAAGAAGAAGGUUAAGAAAGUGAAGGCACCAGUCGUCAGCUCAGCCAUGCUCACCAACACCAAUCAACGACUUCGUAAGGAGAUUACUGAGAAGUCGCUUCUGAACACCUACAAGUACCAGCCCUACAUCGCCGCUAAGCGUAGAGAGUGGGGCAACAUCACGAAUGCACAAGCAAUUCGACUACUUCCACCUGCUGAAGCCGAUAAAGUACGUCAAGAUCCCGAUCGAGCUUCCAGGAUCAUGGGUUCCCGCUGGGUGCUCACCGACAAGGGCGCCAAUCCUGAGGAGGUCGACGCUAGCAAGCGGCAGUUGAUGUUCAUGAGCGACGGCACUUGGAGGAUGGCAGAGGCUCGCCGGACCGUUCAAGGACACACCGACCCCGACCUGCUCGACCUCGAGACCUACAGCCCAGUCGUCGGCAAGGACUCCGUGCUCCUGAUUUUGCAGAUCCUGUGCUCUAACAAGUGGACCUUGCAGCGAGCAGACAUCACUUCGGCUUUUACCGCUGGAGAUCCACUCGAUCGAUCUCAAGGCAGUCUCUAUAUGGAGCUUCCUCGCACUGGGAUUCCUGAUGUGGAGGACGGUUCGCUGGUGGAGUUACUCAAGGCAGUGUAUGGCCUAGGCGACGCUCCAUUACAAUGGCUAUCAGCUUUCACCAAGUACGCCAAGGAGAUCGGUUUCCAGUGCUCCAUCUUCGACAGCUGCGUCUUCUACCUGAGAGACGAGAAGGGACUUCACGGCAUCAUGGGCCUCACUGUGGACGACAUCGUGGGUGGUGGAGACGUUUUAUUCGACGCUGCCUGUCAGAAGCUACGAGAAAGGUUUCCUUUCGGAGCGUGGCGCCACAAGAGCGGGAAGCACACCGGUAAGGAGCUACAUCAGAACGAGGACAACACCGAGAUCACCAGGCCCGAUCUAUCUGGUCCAGUGUCCCUAUUUCAAGGAAAGAUGCCCAACCUGGUGGUGGACGACUUGCUGGAGGCGAACCGCAUCGGCAGGAUGACUAAAGAAUUCAGCUCGGUGGUUCUCAGGAUCUGGCACAUUCCAUUUCAUGAGAUGGCCUUUGCAGUUUUCAAUGACGCGGCCUGGGCAAAUGCCAGAGAUGGAGCUUCGCAGGCUGGAUGCAUCGCGUUCGCCACACAGCGCAAUAUUCUCAAAGGGGAGCCCGCCAUCAUCUCGAUCCAGUCCUGGAAGAGUCGCAAACUUAAGAGGAAGUGUGCUCACCAGUUCGGCGCCGAGACGCUGGCGAUUUCAGCAGGAAUGGCCAUGGGGGAGUUCAUGCGCACCAUGUUGCUCGAGAUUACGGACAGCGAGUUCGACCUGAUGAGGCCCUGCAUGCUAGCAUCCAAGUUUCCAGUGAUCAGCGUCACCGAUUCCAGAGGCGGCUGCGAUCACGUGACCAAUCCCAAGGCAGGCUUAGCCGAGGACAAGCGCGCCGCCAUCGAUGUAGCUAUCGUUCGAGCAGCCAUGCAACGACCAGAAGUUCACCUACGGUGGAUCGUGGGCACCAGCCAGCUCACCGAUCCACUGACCAAGCGUAAGGGCGAGAGCGCCCUACUACGACAAGCACUACAUGACGGAGAAUACGGCAUCACCGCAGACAGCAUCGUGCUUCGCCGACGAUACGAGGACAGGGUUCGACGCCAGAAAAAGGAGCCAGUCAUCUUCGCCGUGACCGACUGCUGCUUCUCUGGACUCCACCUCUACGAGAUGGACUGUACUGGCACUUCAGGUGCCACCAGCAACGUGGACGAUCUCAACUACGAGCCCGGAGCCUACAAGCGCCUCAGGGAGACCCAGCUGAUCUUCAGAGAGAGGCCCGAGGCUAGUCGCUUGAACCAGGCGAGAAUGAG